UUCGGGUCCAAUAUAGAUAUCAAUUUGUGCGGUUUAGGAGAGGCUCGCCCACCGUCUAUAAAUCAGACCCCUCGAAGCCAAACCUAUCUUUGCCUCUCUCAUCAAUUCUCUCUCUCUCUGCGCCUCGUUGUGUUCUUCUGCCAAAUACGAUUCAACAGCUCUGAUCAUUCUGAGUAAAAUCAAAGGAGAUUACAAUCUGUUAUUCUAUUUUGACAAGAAGUUUCAUGUCUGAUUUAGACGUCCAGAUUCCAUCUACUUUCGAUGCUUUUGCUGACGCAAAUGCUGAGGACUCUGGUGCUGGGACCAAGGAGUAUGUGCAUGUGCGUAUACAGCAACGCAAUGGACGGAAAAGCUUGACCACUGUGCAAGGGUUGAAGAAGGAAUUCAGCUACAACAAGAUACUCAAAGAUCUCAAGAAAGAAUUCUGUUGUAAUGGUACUGUUGUCCAAGACCCUGAAUUAGGCCAGGUGAUUCAACUUCAGGGUGAUCAAAGGAAGAACGUCUCCACAUUCCUGGUGCAGGCUGGCAUCGUGAAGAAGGAACAAAUCAAGAUUCAUGGUUUUUAAACAGCAGACAGAUCAAUCUCCUAUGCAGUUUCACAUCUUUAGCCUGUGCCAACAAUAACAAUAACAAUAUUAUCUGAACUUUAAUAGUGUCGGUACUUCAACAUACUUUACCAUCAUCAUUUUACUGAUUACAUGUAUGAUUAAUCAGCUUGAUACAGGACAUUGUGUCUCAGUUUGCUAGUUCUGCUGCCUGCUUUGUGUAAUGUGAUAGGAUUAUGGGUUAUUCCAAAACCUUCAUCUGUAUUAGUAAUAAAAUUCUGUUUGAACACAAUAAAAAAAAAUCAUGUUUUGAGAUCUUGUU